AUGGCCCUCGCCGGCCCUCCCCGCCGUCUCCGCGUCGUACACGCCGUCUCCCAAUCCGCAGCCAGGGGACACGCCAGCGCGCUCCCGGUGGCCCUCGCCAACCCUCCCCGCAGUCUCCGCGUUGUACCCGCCGUCUCCCCAAUCCUCAACCAGGGAACACGUCAAGAAUCUUCAGUCACGCGGCCGCCGCGCCGGAGGUCUUCCAUCUCAGGGUGUUGUCAAGAAUUUCAUCACACCCACUACUUUCCCACCGAGAUUGUUGACACCCUGCCCUGUUACAUGUACAGUGGAAGACUUCUCUUUUUGAUUGACUCUGCAUCUAAAGAAGAGGGCGUGAGACUGCAGCAUGCUGUGUACAUAAGCAGGGAGUUGAGGGGCAGAACUGAAGGUUUGGGUGCACACUCCGCAGAUGAUGAUGGUUCAGCAGAGAUAGCAUUGCUCUGUGUUACAUAA